GGAGCACCGUUUCGCCUCAAGGCCCGCCUACUCCAGGCGGAGGCAGUGGCGGCACUGCUAUAGGACGCGCGUUCGUGAGAGGCAGAACCUACAAGAGGAAUGUGUCAGCAUCGUGGGGAACUUGUCUAAACCGUAUAGUCUACUUGUAAAGCUGUGGGAUAAAGGAGUCCGCAGUUUUCGGAUUGGAAAACCGAAAACCGAGACACCCUCCGCUCUCUCCCAACCAGCUUCUGCCCACACUUGUGCACUUGUCCACACCCCUUAUCGUCUACUGCCUUGUUUGGAAGGAGCCGAUGGCUGAAGAGGCGCAGGGGGUUCUUGAACUGAGAGGCGCUGCAGACGGACACCCGGAUAGAAACGAGGCGGCAGCUCCUCCGCAACAAGCUUGCGACGCAUCGGCGUCAACGGCAAGAAGAGGGUGGCUGCUGGGAUGCUGGAGGCUGCUCUGGUUUGUUGGUGUGGUGGGAGUGCUGUUGAUCGGGAUGGACGCCCUGCUGAAAGGCCGACGGUUGAUCGGGAUGGACCCCCUGCUGAAGGGCCGGCGGCGCGGAGGGGAUGGAAAGGAUCAACGACGGCUUGUCGUCGUUGGGAAGGAAAGGGAUCCAACCCUUGUCGUCGACUACGCGAAUGUCGAAACCGACCUCGGCUUGCCGCCGUGCUACUCGAGUACGGUCGCUGAUCCUUCCCAAGGGAAAUGGAACGAGUGCGCAGGAGGCAUGGACGAAUCGCCGGCGAAUACGGGCAACUUCACUGGCCCGUGGAAAACCAAUCGAACGGAGAAACGGUGUAGCGAAAGAUGGUCAGCAGAGCAUGAUGGCGUAGGGCCCGUCCCCCCCAUGCCGUACUGGAAGUGGGAGCCUUCGGCGUGCCGGCUGGAGGAGGUGGACGAAGCCAAGUUCUGUCGCGUCAUGGAGGGGAGGAAGGGGUUGCUCUUCGCGGGGGACAGCCUGACGGGUGAGAUGAUCGAUACUCUGGCGGCGGUUCUGCGCGCGACGCUCGUCAAGCACGUGCCCCUGACCAUGGACACCUACACAGCCUGCGACGGAGAGCUGACGCUGUCGUGGUACCGCAACGACUUCCUCGACACGCGAACGGACGGCUUCGACACGGUGCAUUGCGAGGACCCCGACGCCAGCAUGUCGCACUGCAUGGUUUUUGCAGGCAUGUACCAUGAUGCUACCUUGACCCAGUUCGACACUCUCGUCGUGAACUCUGGGGCACACCUUCGAUCGGGGGGGUUGGAGGCGUACGGGUCGAUGAUGAAGAACGCUAGUGAGAGCCUGACCACGUCGAUGAGACGGUUACACGGGGAUAACGCCAUCUUGGUGGUCAGGAACACCGUCCCGGGUCACGGCGAGAGCUUCGAUAGGAUGUUCGGCGGACCUGUUGAUUUAGACACGGCCCUCGACCUCGUCGCGAAAGGACCGCCGAGGUACAAGUGGACCACGUUUGGGGAUAGAAACAAGCUACUGGAGGAAGCUUUCGAGGCCACGAAUGGCGGCUGGACACUGCUGGAUGCCUACUCUCCGACAAUACUGCGAGCAGACUCCCACGCCUCAGCAACAGAUGGCCUGCACUACUGCUUGCCUGGGCCUAUUGACCACUGGGUGGUUCUGUUGUACAAUAUUCUCCUCGAGAAAGUGAAAAGUGACAGACAAGAGUAAAUAGAGCCUUUAGGAAUGUUGGUGGAAUUAUUUGUCGUUGUUAGUGUGUGUGUGUUGUUGUUGUUGUUGCUCUGUUCACGUUUGGUCUGUAUCCGGUACCCCGCUGCUCUUUGGAGGCAGGGAAGAGAUUCCUUACCUGACACAACGGUGGUUUUUUGGUUUGUCACGACCUGACCCAACGGUAUAGAUAUGCACAUAUCCAGGUGGAAAAGACCAAGCAGAGUUUGACCGCCGGCGUUGAAGAAAUGACAACGUCAUUUGUCCCCUAGAACGACAGGUGAAAACAGGCAUUCAUGGAGGUCGCAUUUAAUCGCUUGUUUUUCCCAGGGCGACCAACCGCUGACAUCUUCCACGGCGUGGUGCGGCCGAGGGCAGCGAUAGGUGAUGGUAAUUUACCAUGGAUGGCUGCUUAUGAUAUUGAAGCUUCGUUUUCUGUUUCUUGGUGAUAAAAAACAUGUUCGCGUGUCUUGGUGCCGACAUGUAAAGUUCAAGUUCCUCCCAGUUGCAGUUGUUCCUAGGCGCCCCCUCUCUCCCCCCCCC